GGUGGGGGUUGACAACUCUGAGGGGAGGAGUGAAAGGGGAGGGCGGGGAGCGGUAAGGACAGCGAAGAGCGCUGAGAGAUAGAGGUGAGGGCAGCGCAGGAAGUGAGAAGAGACUGUUCUGCUCGGGAGUCUGACUGAAGCUGCCCCCGUCCGUUCUUCUAGUUCUCCCUCGCCCCGGUAUCUCAUACAGCAGGCACUAUGAAGGUGGCGGCAGAUGAGCCUCAGCCCAAGAAGCAGAAACUGGAGGAGAAGACUUUGAGUGAAAAUCUCCUUUUUGGCAUGGGAAACCCUCUCCUGGAUAUAUGUGCUGUUGUAGACAAGGACUUUUUGGACAAAUAUGGCUUAAAGGCAAAUGAUCAGAUUUUGGCUGAAGACAAACACAAGGAGUUGUUUGAAGAACUGGUGAAAAGGUUCAAUGUUGAUUAUCAUGCCGGUGGCUCCACUCAGAAUUCCGUUAAGGUGGCACAGUGGAUGAUUCAGAAACCUUAUAAAGUGGCCACGUUUUUUGGAUGCAUUGGCAAAGACAAAUUUGGAGAAAUCUUGAAAAAGAAAACUGAAGAGGCACAUGUUGAUGCCCGCUACUAUGAACAGAGUGAGCAACCGACAGGCACCUGUGCAGCAUGCAUCACAGGGGACAACAGGUCUCUAGUAGCAAACUUGGCGGCUGCUAACUGUUAUGAUAAAGCAAAGCACCUUGACUUGAAGGAGAACUGGCAGCUGGUGGAAAAAGCUAAAGUUUACUAUAUAGCAGGUUUUUUCCUUACGGUCUCCCCUGAAGCUAUUCUCAAAGUGGCUACCCAGUCCUCGGAAAACAACAAGAUCUUUUGCAUGAACUUGUCCGCCCCCUUUAUUAGUCAGUUCUUCAAGGAGCCUCUCAUGAAAGCCAUGCCUUAUGUGGAUAUUCUAUUCGGAAAUGAAACGGAAGCUGCUGCUUUUGCCAAAGAGCAAGGGUUUGAGACUGAUGAUAUUAAGGAGAUUGCCAAAAAGGCUCAAGCAUUGCCAAAGGUUAACACGAAAAGGCCACGGAUUGUUGUGUUUACACAGGGACAUGAGGAAACCAUCAUGGCAACAGCUGACAAAGUUUUGUCCUUCCCUGUCUUGGAAAUUGACCAGAGUAAAAUUGUAGACACCAAUGGAGCAGGUGAUGCUUUUGUUGGAGGUUUCCUUUCUCAGCUGGUGUCUGACAAACCUAUGGAAGAGUGCAUCCGAGCUGGCCAUUAUUCUGCUAAUGUGGUUAUCCGAAGAGCUGGUUGUACUUUCCCAGAAAAACCAGAGUUCAAAUAAUUAAGGGGAGAAAACCUGUGAGCCACAUACCCUGAGGUCCUUUCUUCCACCUUACCAUCUCCUUUUCAAAGACAGAUGAAAGAAAUGUGUAUUUUUUUUCUGUUUGUCACCUCCCAAAAAUUGUAAUGUUCCCUUCCCCCAUACCUCUCUACCUCUGCACCAUUGACAGAGUGUCCAGUAUUUGGGAGAAAAAUGUCUAAAAGUUCUGCAGAUGAAAGACCUAGAUAUACUUGUUGUAUGCCAUAAUUGUCUAUUAGGCACCACCAGGACUCAACCUGUGGUUAAACCACCUCCCCAGAUAAAGGAGCCCGGAAUAGCUGGGUGCAAACGUGCAUAUCUUGUAUGCAUUCUCAGUUUGCAGCAGGACCUUUGGCUGGAAAACUGUGGUGAUAGGGCACCUGCUUUCUUGAGGAGUGGCAUAUCCUGAGAGUGUCAAGAAUAUCUUUGACAUAUAAUACAAUGCCAGAUUUUAUUGUAAAAUGAACCAAUUACGCAUUGUAUAAUGCUGCUUUAGAAUUUUUUCACCCAAAGUAGCCCCCUAUUGAUAACUGUAUGUUUAGAUUUUUUUAAUUGGUAUAAAACUACAUGUUCACGUCCACCUAUUGGUAACAGAGUAUCGUACCCAUCCCCCCACCACCCCCCCACCCGUACAGAGAUAGGGAUCAAAUGGGAUUAAGCACGCACACUCAUUGCUGUAAGUUUUGGCCUUUGUAUGUACAGAACAGAGUUGGCAUCUCCAUACCAUCAUGUUUUGCUGUCUAUAAUUUUCUUACCGAUAGAAGUUCUAGUGUUGAGUGACCUGUUUAUAAACACAUGAAUCGACAGUUUAUACAAUUUUUGUAAUCAGAUUACUUUCUUUCAACAUGGUCCUCAUGCUCCUUUAUAUGUAAGCUAUAGAUAUUUUUUUUAUUUUAAUUUCAUGAUGGUGCAAAUACUUUCAGGAUCAGGUACAGAAUUAGUCAAUCAAGAUUAACUUGAUUUAUUAAACUUGGUAUGCCAAAAUGUAUUUGAAGUCCAAGCAUGGUCAACAGAUGCCAGCAGCACUUGUUCGGAAAGUUGUUUGCUUGUUGUUUGUUGCAGUGACUGGAUGCCUACGCACAGUUUAUUAACAAUUUUGAAGAAAGCUUUUGUCUCCUUUCCUCUCCCUCCCCUUUUUAUUAGUAUGUGAUGUUAGCACAGUCUCUGUGUACAAUGUGUAAUUUGAUACUGACAAAAUAAAACUAAAUUGACUUGUAUAAUUCCUACUCUUGGCUCUAUUUUUUA